UCAACUGCGGAUUUCUUUCUUCCUGCGCUGGGCGUGUUUCGGUUCUGCUAACGGCAUUUGCUAGAUUCUAAAACAGUUGUACAUACUGAGUUGUACAUUUGAUAGUCUAUGUUGGAAAGGAAGUUUUGAAGAACUUGCACUAGCUAGACUACUUUUUCUGUGAGAACCUGGAUAUAAGAAACGCCAUGAUGCAAAAUCCGGACUCGGAUCAGGGAGAAUCCACCAAGAAAGCAUCUGGAUCGGCACAUUCCGAGAAUAAUGCACCGAAUAGCGAAGAAAUGAAACCACAGGGUUUUGACGCUGUAUCGGUUCUUUGGACAUUUGGCAAGUGCCUAGGUGCCUUGCUGCCCGUGUACCUGGCAGGAUACUACCGGGUUAGCACCAGUUUGUUGGUUUUCGGGCUCAUGGUCUACACGGGAUGGAGGUACUCGCGCGAGGCAAAAGAAGCUCGUCUGCGGUCCGCCAUUCACCACUAUGACAACGAGCAACAAUAUACAUCCAUGAAAAUGUUCAAAAGUAAAAAGGAUCUCCCUGCUUGGGUCAACUUCCCAGAUGUGGAGAAGGUGGAGUGGCUCAAUAAGAUCCUGCAGCAGGUGUGGCCGUUUGUGGGUCAGUAUCUGGAAAAGCUACUAGUGGAGACCAUCGCUCCCUCCAUCCGUGCCUCCAGCACUCACCUCCAGACCCUCACCUUCACCAAGGUGGACUUUGGGGACAAGGCCAUGAAGGUGGUGGGUGUGAAAGCACACACAGAGAAUGAGAGUGGACAAGUCAUGCUGGACGUGUACAUCAGCUAUGUUGGAAAUGUUGAGAUUAAUGUGGAGGUGAAGAGGUAUUUCUGCAAAGCAGGAGUGAAGGGAAUACAGCUGCAUGGGAUGAUGAGGGUGAUUCUAGAGCCUCUGAUUGGAGAUGUCCCCAUCGUGGGCGCGGUCACCAUGUUCUUCAUCCGCAGGCCGAAACUGGACAUCAACUGGACUGGAUUGACCAAUUUACUGGACAUCCCUGGCCUGAACAUCAUGUCUGACACUAUGAUAAUGGACGCCAUCGCCUCAUUCCUGGUUUUGCCCAACCGUCUGACCGUUCCCCUGGUAGCUGACCUGCACGUUGCCCAGCUACGCUCUCCUCUGCCCAGGGGUGUGGUGCGUAUCCACCUCUUGGAGGCUGAUGACCUGCCAGCGAAGGACAACUACAUGAAGGGGGUGAUAGCGGGGUUGUCUGACCCCUAUGCUCUGUGUAGGGUGGGGCCUCAGACCUUCACCUCCCAUGUUGUGGACAACACUGUCUGUCCCAAGUGGGGAGAGAUGUACGAGGUCAUAGUCCAUGAAGUACCAGGUCAGGAGCUGGAGGUGGAGGUGUAUGACAAAGACCCAGACAAGGAUGACUUUCUGGGGAGAAUCAAGAUAGAUUUGGGUAUCGUGAAGAAGUCCAAAGUUGUUGAUGAUUGGUUCACCCUGAAAGAAACCAAGUCAGGACGGGUCCAUUUCAGACUGGAGUGGUUGGUCUUGCUGCCCAAUACGAAGCGACUGGAACAGGUUCUUCAGAGGAACGAGAGCAUGACGGUGUCCAGUAAGACUUCUGACCCCCCCUCGGCAGCCAUCUUGGCAGUGUAUCUGGACAAGGCUGAAGCCCUUCCUAUGAAGAAGGGCAAUAAAGAACCCAGUCCCAUGGUGCAGUUGUCUGUGCAGGACAUCACACGAGAGAGCAGGACCUGUUGGACGACCAUCAACCCAAAGUGGGAGGAUGCCUUCACCUUCUUUAUCCCAGAUCCACGCAAGGAGUCAAUAGACAUUCAGGUGAAGGACAAUGAUCGGAUACAGACUCUAGGUAGCCUGUCCAUCCCUCUGUCCCGCCUGCUGUCCAGCCCCAACCUGUCUCUGGACCAGUGGUUCCAGCUAGACAAAUCUGGCCAUGCCAGCCGCAUCUACAUCACCACGGUGCUCAGGGUGUUAUGGUUGGAUGAGGAUAACAUUCACACAUCCUCUACAGAAGCAGCCAACCUAGCAGCAGGUCUCUCAAAGAUACGACCCCAACAGACUUCCCCUGACCCCAGCUUUGCCACAGAGGGGGUGCUGAGAAUCCACCUUUUAGAGGGCCAAAAUCUGGUCCCCAAGGACAACAUGAUGGGGGGCAUGGUGAAGGGCAAAAGUGACCCCUAUGUCAAGAUCAACAUUGGGGGUGAGACCUUUGAAAGCCGGGUCAUCAAUAGGAACCUCAACCCCACCUGGAACGAGAUGUAUGAGGUGGUUCUGACCACACUGCCUGGCCAGGAGCUGCAUGUAGAGCUGUUUGAUAAGGACAUGGACAUGAAGGAUGACUUCAUGGGCAGGUUGAAGAUCAGUCUGAAGGAUAUCAUCACCUCUCAAUACACUGACCAGUGGUACACUCUGAAUGAUGUGAAGUCAGGUCGUCUUCACCUGGUACUGGAGUGGGUACCAACAGUAUCACAACCAGACAGACUGGAUCAGGUGUUCCAGUUCCAGUCCAGGCAGUCCUACCACAACAAGGCCUUUCCAUCCAUGGCUCUACUGUUUGUGUUUGUGGAGAGGGCUGACGGCCUACCUCUGAAGAAGAGUGGGAAGGAGCCAAAAGUGGGAGCUGAACUUGUUGUGGGGGGGACCUCCCAUAAAACGACGGUGUGUGAUCGCACCAUCUCACCCCAGUGGGACGAGCCUUUUUACUUCCUGGUUCAUGACCCCAGAGAGGAGAUCCUCAUAGUGAAGUUGUCUCACAGUUGGACAUUGCCUAUUGGUUCUCUGGUGGUA